AUGAAAAACACUUAAACUUAGGAUUAAAUAAAGGUUCGUAAAUCCCCAUACAAGUCUAUAGAGCAUAAAUAAAUUUCUUUUUCAUAAAGAAAUACUGAAUUUUUUCAGAGGCAAUAGCUGUAUGAUGAUUUAAAUAACUCAAAUCAAUUCAAAAUAGAACAAUUUAAAUUUAUUGGAACAUAAAAAGGAAAUAUUCAGAGCAAGUUUAAGGAAGUGAUUGAAUCUGCAAAAUCUAAAUUUGCUUCAUCUCCAAAUAAUCAUAAAAAUACUAUUAUACAUCAAUAAUAAAACUCAAUGAAAGAAAUAGUUGAAUAGUUGAGAAAACAGAAAAGAACUAACAACAUUUAACUUAAAAAUAAUGAAAACAGCCUCAAAAAAAUAAACUAGUUAAAUUUAAAUUACUUUUUGGUUAUAGCAAUAACCUUAAUAUGCUAUUUAGUUGUACUUCUUGAAAUGAUUAGACCAGAAAGAANUACAAUGGGGCAAUCUUAUAUAUUUGUAUCAUUGAUUUUUUUUAAUUAUGA